AUGAGCGCCUCCGUGGCCGCGCCCCCUGCGAGGCUGGCCGCCCCGCGCAGUCGACCAUCAGCUACCCAGCAUCACCGCGAUGCAGCCAGCGGCGGCGAUGGGCGACGCGCGGAGAGAGCGUCUUCCAUAGACCCUUUAUCCGAUAGGGCGACGCUGAUGCUUAUCCGCCGCGUCCUCUGUCCCCAGAAAUUGAGCGACAAGGGCCGUGACGUGCUUCCACCGAUCGAGGAGCUGCUCCCUUCCCUGACGAGCCGAAACGAUGUCGACCUGCAGCUGUAUGCAUUCCUCGCCAUCAUUAUUCGCGAGUUCGUGCAGGCCUGGUACAACAAGAUUACGCCCGACGAGACCUUUGUCGCAGAGGUCCUGCAGGUCAUUGCUCACUGCAGUAGGGCGCUGGAGCAGCGCUUCAGGGCUCUGGACGUGGAGAGCUUGGUGCUGGAUGAAAUUCCUGAUCUACUGGAUAGGCAUAUCACAGCGUACAGAAUGAGCCAUGAUCCGGUGUCGCAGGAGCCGGUAGCUGUGAACCCCCGACAAGUCUACCAUGCGCUCUUUCCACUGCCUCAGCUAUCUCCUGUACCUCAAGCUGGUGAUGCAAAGUCUUCCCAGGAGCAGAUGGAAAACGAGACUGCUUACCGUCAACUGUUGGUGCAAGCCGUUCUUGCUAUUCUGCUGCCGACGGAAGACUUGGAGAAUCCGUGUCUGACAGCUAUUGUCGGACAAAUACUCUCUGAGCUCAUUGUCGGUAAUCUGAUUGCGGGCAAGGCAUCGCAGCCCUGGCUCCUGUACGAAAGUAUCUGCAUCGCGGGCAGGGUCCUUGGCGAGAAAAAGAUACGGGCCACCCAGCGAAUGGUCUCUGGUCGGCACGCGCCGCCAGUCAAGGCCAAGGGCAACAAGGAGCGCAUCAAGUGGUCGGCGCAAGCCGUAUUCCUGACCAUGAUCCACUUUGCGGUGAUGAUAUUUACAUCUGCUCGGUUAUUGAUCACGACACUAGUUGCAUCAUCCUCAUUGCCGCUACGGCAAACGGCGGUGGACUUUUCGGGCGGCUCGAGAGCUACCGGGGCGCACCGCGAUGUCAACAACCAUGGCAGGCCCACCAAGGUUCCAGUUCUUGAUUUCAAAGUAUGGCAGUGUGUCGGGAAUCUCAUUCAGCUAGAUUCCCGCAUGCCGUGGCUGUCGGGCUUUCUUUCGCUGCUACAGUAUCAAGCUGUCCACGGACCGGGAAGGCUGGUAGGCCUGAAUAGCCCACUUGACCGGCUCCUUUCACACCACAUUCAGCAAAUGUUCUCGGCGUCACACCUGCCCGGUUUGUUGCGUCUCCUGCGGGGCGUACUCUUUCCCAAUAACGCACCCGGCCAGUCGACACUCAGACCCCCGUCCUCUGACGACGAACUUGCGGCGCUUCGCACGAGGGCGGCCAGUGCCCUGCUGGGCCUGCUGCCGACGGGCGUGGCCAAGGUCUAUCUGGGGGGUGGUGCCCUGUCGGCUGCUACCCACGGAGGCAUGGUGGACGGCAUGGAGGACCUGGUCCGGGUGCUGGACGACGAGUACUGCAACAAGCAUCUCAUGUAUAGCGUCCUUGAGCUGAUACUGGUGCGUCUGAUGCCGGAGCUCAGCGAAAAGGGUGUGGGCGAGCUCUGGGAGGAGAGGCUCGGUUGA